CCGUCACUGCGGGCCCCGGGGCGCGCGCGAAGCACCUACCCGUGGCGGGAAAAGCGCCGGGCAGAGGGAGGUCAGGGCCCGCCCCGCUGCCGGCCCGCGCCGCCGCGGAGAGGGACUGCCCAAGCUCGGCGCUAAAUUUGAAAACAAAACCCGAGCACAGGCGGGUCCAGGAAACGAAACCAAACCCGUCCCGCGAGCCGCCUCGCGGGCGCGGCCGGUCCCUCCGCGCGCCGCGCCACCGGAGACGGACGCUCCAAGAUCUCGCCAUCUUCGGCGGGAGGAAGAGAAGGGCGGCAUGGCCUCGGACGUGGACUGCGGGGACCCGGCCGGUGUCCGGCAGCACGUGUUCCUGCUCCCAGACUAUUUUAAAGAUGCUUCAAAGAAAAUGAAAAGUGGCCUUAUGUUUGUAAAAUUGAUUAACCCAUGUUCAGGGGAAGGAGCCCUUUACUUGUUCAAUAUGUGUCUACAGCAGCUGUUUGAAAUCAAAGUUUUCAAGGAAAAACAUCAUUCUUGGUUUAUAAAUCAGUCAGUUCAAUCAGGAGGCCUUCUUCACUUUGCUACCCCUAUGGACCCUCUAUUUCUGCUCCUCCACUACCUCAUAAAGGCUGACAAACAAGGCAAAUUUCAGCCCCUAGAUCAAGUUGUCGUUGAUGAUAUAUUUCCAAAUUGCAUCUUGUUGCUAAAACUGCCAGAACUUGAGAAGUCACUUCACCAUGUGACAGAGGAAAAAGAAAUAGACAAGAAGAAAUAUUACAAGUACAGUGAAGAAAAGACAUUAAAGUGGCUGGAGAAAAAGGUUCAUCAAACUGUGGCAGCUUUGAAAGCCAAUAAUGUCAUUGUUGGUGCCCGGGUCCAGUCAGCUCUAUUCUCUGGUGACCAAGCUUCUAAUGACAAAGAAGAGGAUUAUGUUCGUUAUGCCCACGGUCUGAUCUCUGAUUAUAUCCCUAAAGAAUUAAGUGAUGGAUUAUCUAAACAUUUGAAGCUUCCAGAGCCUUCAGCUCCAUUGCCAAACCCUCCAUCAAAGAAACCAAAGUUAUCAGAUGAGACUGUAGAAGCAAAAGAAGAUUACACUAAGUUUAACAUUAAAGAUUUGAAGACUGAAAAGAAAAGUAACAAAAUGACUGCAGCUCAGAAGGCUCUGGCUAAAGUUGACAAGAGUGGAAUGAAAAGUAUCGAAGCCUUUUUUGGGGCAAAAAGUAAAAAAAAAAAUGGGAAAAUUUGAAACUUUGGAAAUAAAAUCUAAUAAAGCAAAACCAAAUGUUUGCUUCAUACAUGUUCCAUUUUCAUUCUUCCUCCAUGCUGUACUUCCUGAUCUUUAAUCACUACUUUGGCAGGGAGAAAUUUUUCUCCUUCAGCUUUGCUUUGGACUUAAAUUUAGUACUUCUGAACAAAAUAUGGGAAACUGAUUGUAUAGCUUCAGGAUGGUGGCCUUUGCUGUCUUUGCCAGAACGCAAAGCAAUCAUGUGAAUUGAGAUCACAUCAAGACUUGAGGUGUCCUCCUAAACUGGACAUUUGAAGGGAUGGCUUGCUAGCUUAUGCGCCUUUGCAUAAGCCUUUACAAACAUGGUUUUUCAGAGUACUGAAAGAAAUGGAAAACAAAACUGUAAUUUUACUAAGCUUAUAUUUCUAAGUAUUUUUUGUUUUUGUAAAUAUAUUUUUCAGAGAAUAGAGAAAAGAAUAAAACAAAAAUUGUAAGUAAAACAAAUUGUAAUCUCCUACCUUUUUCAAUGCCCAGAGAUAAUUUGGUAUAUUUUCUUACCA